CCCAAAAUCACCACCUCACAACCCAACCCACAAUUAUACCAAGCACCUCUCUACAGAAUGGAGGGUUGUGAUUGAAUCAGCUUUCAGUUGUCAAAAUUGGAGGUGAGGGGCGAGAUGAGAUUUGGUGGGUCCGAGGCAGUUUUUGUCAAGGAGUGAUGUCGACAUGCACAAUAUUUCAAAACUAGAGACGAUGAAAGCAAACCCACCAUAGAGAAGUUAUUUGGUGGUUGUUCGGGUAUUGUGAUAUUAGUGAAUGGAAUGAAAUUCACGAUUUAUGUUGAGUGAUGGGAAACAUCAUGGGCAUAACAUUUGGUGAUUGUGGUGUCUCGAACCACCAAAUAUUUUUUCACCAACACAUGACAUCAUCAAUUGUAUAUAAAUAACUAACCAUUGUCAUUUCCUUAGAUAUCGUGGUUCUUCUUUUUCUUUGCUUUAAUUCAUUACCUGUAACUUGCAAGUGUAUACUGGGCUCUAGAGAGAGAGAGAGAUGGAAAAUCGGCAGCCGGGGGUGAGCCACCUGUUAAUGACGAUAUUUCUGUACAACUUCUCGAUAUUCAUGGUGAUUCCGGCAAUCACUGACGUCACUAUGUCGGCGCUUUGUCCCGGAGAAGAUGAGUGCUCAAUUGCCAUUUAUCUCACCGGAAUUCAACAAGCCAUUAUGGGAUUGGGAACGCUGGUGAUUAUGCCUCUGAUAGGGAAUCUCUCAGACACUUAUGGAAGGAAAGCUAUGCUCACUCUCCCCAUGAGUCUCACCAUCAUUCCCCUUGCCAUAUUGGCAUAUAGCAGGACGAAGGAUUAUUUCUAUGCAUAUUACGUGGUCAAGACUCUCACUGCCAUGGUUUGUGAAGGAACCGUCUAUUGCCUUGCCCUUGCUUAUAUCGCGGACAACAUUCCGGAAAAUCGACGGGCAUCGGUUUUCGGAAUCCUGUCAGGCAUCACCUCCUGUGCCUUCGUCUGCGGAAACCUCUCUACUCGUUUCCUCUCCACUCCUUCCACCUUCCAGGUUUCUGCAUUAGUAGCACUGAUAGCUACAAUAUACAUGAGAGUUUUCCUUCCGGAGUCGAUUACAGACGAUGAUGACUGCGUUUAUACCAAGGAAGAAGCAAAACUUAGCCUUUUAGAUGAAGAUGAAGAUUCCAAAAACAAUUUCAAAAUAUUCAAGACAAUGCCUUCCUUUGAUGAUACUGUCUCCUUGUUAAGAAGCAGCUUGACAUUUUCACAGGCAGCUAUUGUUGCCUUCUUUCUCAAUCUAGCCGAUGUUGGCCUUUCUGCUUCAUUAAUGUACUAUUUAAAGGCCUGUUUUCACUUCAACAAAGACCAAUUUGCCGAUUUAAUGGUGAUUGCAGGUAUUUCAGGGAUCAUAUCUCAGAUGGUUCUCAUGCCCAUGUUGGCUCCAGCCAUAGGAGAGGAGAGGCUGCUUUCAAUAGGUCUAUUUUUCAGCUGUGCACAAAUGUUUCUAUACAGCAUUGCAUGGUCUUCCUGGGUUCCUUACGCGGCUGCUAUGUGCUCUCUUCUGGCUGUAUUUGCAACACCUUGUUUACGGAGCAUUGCAUCUAAACAAGUUGGCCCCAAUGAGCAGGGGAAGGCUCAAGGUUGCAUUUCAGGCUUAUGUUCCUUUGCCAAUGUUGUUUCUCCCAUGGUUUUCAGUCCUUUGACAGCUUUAUUCCUCUCUGCGAGUGCUCCAUUUAAUUUCCCUGGCUUGAGUAUUGCGUGUGCCGGAUUCACUCUGAUGAUAUCGUUUGUUCAGAGCAUGAUGAUAAAGGCAACUCCUCCAAAUUUCAAAGCCAGCAAUUGCAACUGCGAGGAACCAUAGCUAUUAAUGUUAUAUAAAAACAUCUAAAAACACAAAAAACCAAUAACGGAAUCAUAUAGGAGAGGUGGGUUCUUUUUUUUGUGGGUCCUCCAUUCAUGUGAAAAAGUUGUGUUUGAUUUCGUGAUUGAUUUUUGUGCAACUAAUGGAACUCAUGUUAUAUUAAGGACGGGAUGAUGCUCAAAUCAAAUCAUCAGAAUCUUUUUCCUAUUUUUUUCUUCUUUCUUUUCUCCACUCCAACCCGUUUUUAUUGAAGCCUCUAGUCAUGUACAUGUUAAAACACCAUGAAAGUCUUUAAUGAGGAGGUUAUCAAAUGUAGUUAAUGAGUUUGUUAAAAGGUUGUUCAAUACAUUUCCAGCUUGGGAGGGUAGCGAGAGAGAGCAGAGAAAGAAAGUGGGAAAAGGAUGAAAGGGGAGAAAAAGGAAAAGAAAUGAAAAGAAAGACUAAAAACAGAGAAUGGAGAGACAUCUUAUAAUUACAAAUUACAAUGGUGGAUUGUUAGGGAAAAUCAACGAUUUUCCACAAGUAAAUUAAUUAAUAGGAAUAAAAAUAAAUGCGGAAAAAUUAAAUCAAUAGCAACACAAGAAUUUUUAUGUGGUUCUCUUAAUGUGAGGUGCGUCUAUGGGAUUAAAAUCUGAUUUCACUAUCAACCAAAGAGUUUUUAAACGAUUACAAAC